UCCCGCGCGCCGGAGCGGGUUUGCAAUACGGCGGACAAAUUUAUACCUAGGGUUCCAUCAGACAUGCUUACCGGCCGCGAAAGUUUGCUCAGGGUCAUCGGAAAACCUCGCCGGUUCCUUCCCAACCGCCGCUCCAUACUCUCCGAUUCAUCAUCCACUCUUAAGAGUCGCGCAAGCCGGUCCCAGAACGACGAUGCCGUGAAGAGUGCUUCAGGGGAGAACAGUGUUGACGGCGGUGCGGAAUCAGUGUGUUGUCCUGUCUGCGGAGCUAGGCUUCCGGCACUGGAUAAUACUGCCAUCAAUUCUCAUUUAGAUGAGUGCCUUUCUAGGGGAAGUAAAAGGAAGUUGAGUCAGCUUACACUUCUUGACUUGAAUUUCUCACGGUCAAAAAUUAAAGUUGAGUCCAGUCCACUGAAUGAUGAGGGAAAUCAAGUUAUACUAAGUGAUGCUAAUAACACAUAUGGCCAACUUCAUAGUUCAACCGAGUUGGAUAACUUUGUCGAGAAUGUGGUGGAGAAAGAUAUUGUCAAUCACGACUUUGUCUCAGCACCAUUAUCUUUACAAAGUGACCACCAUGUAUAUGAUAUGGAAGAAUAUCCGGACAAUUAUGACAUAUCCAAAGUUUUCCUUCCAACAUUUAUUGUUGGGCGCAGGCAUGGUAGUAGACACAAGCUAGAUCUCGAAUCAAGGAUAUGCCUCUCCAGAGAUCCUGAAAACGUUAGAGAUUCAAAUGCUAUUAAGGUACUUUGUGAAGAUGGCAAAAAUGAUGAUAUGCUCGGUUAUAUACCGCGGGAGUUGGCACAGUAUCUGGCUCCUUUAAUAGAUCGAUUUGACUUAAAAUUUGAGGGACAUAUAGCUUCACUACCAAAAAAAUCUCAUGCUGCUGUUCCAAUUCAGAUUGUGUGCAGUAAUGCUCAAUUACUUGAUCAACUAUAUAAGGAUAACAUGUUGCAUUUUAUGUCAUUAUGGAGAGAUGUCCAAUGUGCUGUCAAGCUUAAAGAGACCAAUUCCAAUGGGACAACUAGGUAUCAGCAGAACCUGGUGAUGCUUAUACAAGACGUUUUAAAGAAUCACCCGCAUCUUUUUAUGGUCAGUGAGAUGUCUUUCCUAGAAGCAUUCACAAAACUUUCAGAUGAUAGUCAGAGGCUUUUUGCUCGGCUUUACACGCGCAAAGGGCCAUGGUUUCGGAUGUCUAAUAUUUCAUACUCAGAGAUAGCUGACUGCCACCAAGCAGUAAAGGGACUCUUAGAAGCAGGCUAUGUAUGUACCUUUCCAUGGGAGAAUGGACAAGAAAACAGUAUAUUAGAGGAGGUCCUUACAACGCUUAGCGUUGAUGAGCUACGUGAAGCUUUACGGGUGCUUAAUGAGAAAUGUAGCCAUGGUACACGAAAGCAAGACCUUAUUGAUUUGAUUUUAUCUUCAAGGAAGAAUUUGAUAAGGCCUGAGCUGCAGAGCUUUGUGAUAGGAAUAACGGGUUCAUGUAUCAGAAUAUCUCCAUUAGCUGAAUCUCUAAUAUGGCGUGCUGAAAGGCUUUUCUUCCUUAAUGGAGAACAAGAUCUAUCAUCAUUUUUAUUAGUUGAUUUAGGCAUUGUGAAAUAUCCUGCUUACAGAUGUAUAAUCUCGGGGCAGAUCUUUUCAAACAGGAGUGAUUUCCUCGCUUAUGAAGAGGCUAUUGAAAUCUCACAAAUAAUGGUCGAGUCACUUGAUGAGAACAAAUGUGAGUUAGUUUUAAGAUGUAUAGAGGUUUCUGCUUCGCGCAUGUCAACUUCUUUGGAAGCAAGCACGCCGUCAGGUGGUGAAUCAAAUGCAUCUUUUCUAUUCUAUUUUUCGGCUCCAUGGGUCUACUCUAAGGUGGUCUUAUUAGGUAUCUCGUUUUUCGAGCGUGAGAAGAGGUACAUUGAAGCCAUAUCUCUGCUCAGACAGCUGUUAAGUACAUUUAUCUCUGAUGGAAGAAGGGGGUAUUGGACUUUAAGACUGUCGGUUGAUUUAGAACAUCUUGGCCGCAUAGAUGAAAGCCUUCAGGUUGCAGAAGAUGGUUUACUUGAUCCAUGGGUACGUGCUGGAUCAAAAGUAGCCUUGCAAAGGAGAGUGUUGCGCUUGGGGAAACCACCGAGGCGAUGGAAAAUACCCAAUUAUGCAAAAUAUGUUGCGAGGAAGAUUCCGGAGGUUCGUGUUCAAGGAAGACCCUUGAAUUGUAAAACAGGGAUGAAGAGCGUAUUUUACGGCGAAGAUGGAGCGCAAUGUGGGGUAGAACAGCUUGCACUGCAAUAUUAUGCCGGGGAAGGAGGUGGUUGGCAGGGCGUUCAUUCAGAGAGCGGCAUUUGGCUAACCAUUUUCGGCCUCUUGAUGUGGGAUGCUAUAUUUGCUGAUGUACCAGAUGUUUUCCGCACCAAAUUUCAGACAGCACCCUUGGAUCUCGGCAGCGACAGCUUCUACGAAGCCAGAAAAGGCCCGAUAGAAGCCCUUCUUGAGAAAAUCCACAACGGCAUGGCAGAGGAGAUGCUCAUCACGUCGUGGGAAUCACAGGCGGGAACUGCGUGUCGAGGGGUCAACUGGGAGAAGCAUUCGCUGUGUGAUCUGCGAGCGGCUGUCACAUGCAUAGGGGGGCCCAGCCUCUCAUUGUUGUGCCGCCAUCUGGCUCAAGAUUACCGCAGCUGGUCCAGCGGGAUGCCCGACUUACUCCUCUGGCGCUUCCUCCGCGACUCCUACAGAGGGGAAGCUAAGCUUGUGGAAGUGAAAGGCCCCCAGGAUAGGCUCUCGGAGCAGCAACGAGCAUGGCUUCUGCUUCUAACUGACUCUGGCUUUCAUGUCGAGAUCUGCAAGGUAAGUUAACGUCCACUAAUGAAUAAUUUGAAUUGAGCUAUUAUUAUCAUCAUCAUCAUCAUUAUUAUUAUUAUUAUUAAUUCCUUUGUAAUAAGCAGAUAUUAUUAAAAUUAUUAGAUUAAUUUACUUUUUUCUUUCAA